AUAUUAUCUUCUACUCAACUCAACUCGAAAUACUCGACGAUACAAAGAAGAAGAGGGAUGGGUGAUAGUACUACUACUAUAGUUAAACCAUCAUUCUUUACAGGUGAUGAUGGACAACAUUUCACUUCAAGAUCAGAUGAUAGUACUACUACUAUUACAAAUACAGAAGACGUAUUAAAGAAUGAUGUUAUUGCAUUUAAUAGAUAUUUCAAGAUACAAGAGUCUGUUGAAACAAUCGAUAGAUUUACAUUUAAACGAGUGGCUUUGCAGAUGCCAGAUACAAUGUUGUGGGCAUCGUCUACUAUAUCGAGUCGUUUAAAAUCAAUGACCAAAGAGUCAUGUGAUGUAUUCAUUCUUGGUGACACUGCAUAUGGAUCGUGUUGUGUCGAUGAAGUGACUGCGUCUCACUUGUCUGCCGAUUUCAUCAUUCACUAUGGACAUUCGUGUUUGUCACCUGCUACUAAACUACCGGUUCAAUAUGUAUUUGGAAGCGAUCAAUUAGAUACUUCUCAACUACUAUCAUCUAUUCAAUCAACAUUCACCGAUACACAAGAAAAGAUAAUCAUCUUUUAUCAAUUGGAGUAUCAAUACAAAGCAGAUGAAUUAGAAUCAAUCCUAUUACCAGUAUAUCCAAAUAUAAUCAUUACAAAAAUUGAUAAUUAUAAUAAUAUCUUAUCAAAUCAACAACCAACUAAAAUAUCAACUUCGACUCCAUCUUCCUCAUCUUCAAGAUCUUGUUGUGGAGAUACUAAACAAUCAACAUCAACAACAUCAUGUUGUAAUGAUGAAAAGAAAUCAACAUCAUCUUCAUGUUGUAAUGAUGAGAAACAAUCAUCAUCAUGUUGCUCAAUCAAUAAUAAUAAUAUAAUUGAUACAACAACAACAACAACAAUAAUUACAGAUAAAUCAUUAAUAUUUGGAAGAAGAUUAAAGGAAGGAUUUAAAUUGGAAGAGGAAAUUGAAAAUUACAAGAUAUUAUGGAUUGGAAAGGAUUGUAUUACUUUAACAAACUUAUUAUUAAAUUUUAAUAAGAAUACUUUUUAUAGAUGUAAUGUUGAUAAUCAAGAAUCAUAUAAAAUCAAUCAAGAAUCAUUACCAAGAAACCAAGGGUUAAUGAAACGUUAUUAUAUUAGUCAAAAAUGUAAAGAAGCAAAUAUAAUUGGUAUCGUUGUUGCUACAUUAACAGUUCAAAAAUAUGGAGAAACAAUAGAUAAAUUAAAACAAUUAAUAUUAAAUAGUGGAAAGAAACCAUAUGUAUUUGUGGUUGGUAGAUUGAAUGUUCCUAAAUUGGCUAAUUUCUCAGAGAUUGAUAUGUUUGUCAUUGUUGCAUGUGCAGAGAAUACAAUCAUCGAUUCAAAAGAAUACUAUAAACCAAUUGCUACACCUUGGGAAGUUAAUUUGGCAUUGGGUAAUACUGAUUGGACUGGUGAAUACAUUACCGAUUUUUCAAGACUAUUCCCUCGUUUAAAUGAUAGUGUCGGUUUGACAGAAGAACAACAAGAAGAAAACAAAAAAGAUGAUGAGAUUAGUGAUGAAGAGGGUAACAAGUAUCACUACUCUUUUACAUCUGGAAAAUUGGUUAAAUAUGGUUCAUCAAAAAAGAAAUCAGCAACCUCGUCAACAUCUGGAGAAAUCGUAUCACUUGAUGACAAGGUCAAACAACUUUCCAUUGGUAGUGGUGGCGUAUUGACAACAGCAGCAGAUGUCUACCAAACACGUACUUAUAAAGGUUUACAAACUAAAAUUGGUGAGACCGAGGUAACUAAAGCUGUCCAAGGUCAAUCAGGUAUUCCCAAACAAUAUAGUACUGAUCAUAUAUAA